UUUCGGGAUUAGUUCAAUAGAACUGAGUCCGAACGAUUCGAUACAAAAGGCGGACGGAGGACGCGUAAAAUCUAAGAAAAUCCAAGAAAUUUAGUAUUUAAUUCGAUGAAUUUAAACAAUUCAAGUGCUUUUUGUGUUAUACGUUGCAUUUGUUUUGAAUUUUCAAAUAUUGCGUACGAUUGGAGCCCAGUGAAAGUGAAGGUGCAUGCAUUUCCAUGUCCAUGUCCGCGGCAGCCGCAGCAGCAACAACAAAAACGAAGAGAAAAAAAAGUGAAAUUUGAGCAAAUAGAAUAGCGCAUGCUAGUCAAGAAAUCCAAAUAAUGGAAAAUUUAAAAAUCAGUGAAAAGCUAUUUGAAAAUGUGAUCUAUUUCGUGCUCGGCAGCUUGGAUGAUGAGGGCGAAAGAUUACUUAAGAGCGGCGGCGCACAAUCGAAACUUUAUCUUUCGGAUCAAAUCACACAUUUGAUAUGUGCCAGCAAUUAUUCAGAGGAGGAGCUGUCGAUGAACUUGGAUCUCUACAAUGUGAUACCUGUGAGCGAACAAUGGAUCUCGCACAGCGCCAAACUUGGACGCAUGGCCUCCACGCGUGCCUUUCAUCCCAGUCUGCAGCGUUUCUUGCGCGGCAUUCGGGUUGCCAUCACCAAUGUGGUGGCCAGUGAUCGCCGACGCCUCUAUGCCAUGUUAACCUUCCAUGGGGCCAUCGUGACGCACAGUUUUGGGGCAACAAAUACGCAUCUGGUAUGCGGUGCCGCCACUGGCAGUAUCUACAAUAGAGCGCUGGCGCUGCCCAAGAAUGCCAUCAAUAUAGUUACCCCGGAUUGGGUUACCGAUUGUCUCAAAUGCAAAGGCUGUUUGCCCUGUGAUCCGUAUCAUCCCAGAUUGCUGAAGCCCAUAGAGAAGCAACGCGCCCAAAAGCAACAACAGCAGCAGCAACAACAGCAGCAGCAACAACAACAACAACAACAGAAUCUGCAGCAGCAACAACAGCAAAUGUCACAACAACAGCAGCAGCAGCAACAACAACAACAGUUAAUACAGCAAAUGCCACAACAAACACCGCAACAACAACAACAGACACAAGCUCCUGCCCAACUAUCAGAUAUCCUUGGAUUUGGUGACGACAGCGCUGCCAAGAGUAUUGCCAGCAUCAAAUCUCAUCUGCAGGCAUCGGCAGAGCGUGCGCAACAACAACAAUUGCCGCAACCGGCGCAGCAACAAGUUGUUUUUGUGCGGCCGCGAAAUAUGCAACAGCCACAACAAUUGCAACAACAGCAUGUACAGCAACAAGGUGCACCACAGGCACCACCACCACCGCCGCCACCACAGCAGCAACAACAAAUCAUUAUACAGCAACAGAAAAUUAUACCAGCCAAUUUGCAACAGCAGCAGCAACAACAACAGCAGCAACAACAGAUUAAAAACAUAUUGCAGCAACAUCGACAAAUGAAAAAUACUCAGCAGCAACAACAGCAAAUUCAACUGAUGCAGCAACAGGAUCAGCAGCAGCAGCAACAACAACAGCAACAACAACAACAGCAGCAGCAACAAUUACUUUUGCAACAACAACAACAGCAGCAACAACAACCGCGUCUGCCAACCACGCCCACAAUGCCGCAGCCUGCAAUGCCAAGUGGCAGACAGACACCGCGUAUGCCACAACCAGCAACAACACCACAACCCAUACAAUCACCACAGCAACAAAUGCCGCAGCAACAGCAAGUGACACAGCAACAGCCCCAACAAGUGCCGCAGCAACAGCCACAACAAGUGCCACAGCAGCAGCCACAGCAACAACAGGUGCCUGUUUCGCCACAAAUGUUGCAUCAGCACAUAAUGCGACAGCAACACAUGUUGCAACAGCAGCAAAUGCAACUGCAACAGCAUAUACAAAAUGGCCAGAGUCUUACACCACAGCAACAGGCGCUGCAUCGACAGAUACAGCAGCAGCAACAGCAAUUGCUGCAGCAACAACAGCAGCUACAACUACAAAUGCAACAACAGCAGCAGCAACCACAGCAGCAACAGCAAUCGCCACGCCUCGUACAAAAUCGUUCGCCGGUAAUGCCACCCAGCACACCAUCGCCUUCGUUGCAGCAGCAACAUGUGGCUGGCAGCAGCAACAUGUUGCCGCCACAAUCGCCGCGUCAAUUGCAAUCACCAGCGCCACAAAUGACGCCACCACCGCCGCCGUCACCGCAGAGCGCACAACAUUUGCGCCAGCAACAACAACAGUUGCAACAGAGUCGCCAGCAGCAGCAGCAACAUAUGAUGGGCUCACCGCAGCAACAGCCGCCCACUGCAGCUAUGAUGUCGCCGCAACAACAGCCAUUCCAGCAGCCAGUGCAUCAGCAGCAACGCAUGCAGUUGCAGCAGCAACAGCAGCAACUGGCACAACAGCAACAACAAAGUCCACAGCAUAUUUCAGCGCCGCAAUCGCCGCAGAUAUCGCAAACGCCACCAAUGGCCAACAAGCCGCAGCAACAACAACCAGCUCAGCAUCAGCAACAAGCGCAACAGCAACAGCAACAACAAUCCUUUGUACAGCCCAUUGAUCCUACAGAUCCUGUGCAAGUUGCUCAAGUUCUUAGUCGUUCCACACUUAGCAGCAAUCAGGACUCUUUAAUAAUGCGCCAGCAACAGUUGAAGCAACAACAGCUGCAGCAACAACAGCAGCAGCAGCAACAGAUGCCACCACAACAACAUACGCCGUCGCCGCGACAGUCGCCAUUGCAUCAACAGCAGCAACCGACAACGCCAACACAACAACAGCAACAACAACAACAACAACCGGAAAGAGUAAGUUCGAUAAACAAAAAAAAAACUGACAUUUGUAUAUUAAUUUUGAUUUAUUUUAAUAAUCAGGUGCUUCAGCAACAGCAGCCACAACAACAACAGACUGCAGCUAUACAGCAGCAACUGGUGCCUGGACAGCAGCAACAGCAGGUGCAACCACAACAACAGGUGAUAACACAGCGUCACGUCAUCAACACUUCCACAGCGCAGGGACAACAGAUAAUUCAGAGUCACAUGAUGAGCAUACAGCAACAGAAGCAACAACAAAUGUUGCAGUUGCAACAGCAGCAACAGCAAAUUAUACCUCAACAGCCACAGCAGCAACAACCACAGCAGCAAAUGCCACAACAGCUGCCACCUCAACAACUUCAGCAGCAACAACAACAACAACAACAGCAGCAAGUACAGUUCACACAGCAACAGAAUAUUGCACUUGGCACAGGCGGACAGGUGCGCAUAAUUCAGCAGACAAUACAACCGCCUCAGCAGCAACAGCAGCAGCUCAUGGGACAACAGUUUGCACAUCAACAACAGCAGCAACAACAGCCACCGCAGCAGCAGCAAGUGUUGGCACAACAACCGCAACAACACCCAUUGCAGCAGCAGCAACCCCAACAACAACAGCAACCGCAAACAAUGCAGACCAAAAAGUUCAUCAUAAGUCAGCAGCAAUUCAAUCAGCUCAGCGUGCAGCAGCAGCAACAGAUUCUGGCACAAAAUCAGCAAAAUCAAAAUGUGUUUAUUGUUAACUCUACCAAUAUAUCACAGCAGCAGCAACAACAACAGCAGCAGCUCGUGCAGCAGCGUCAAAUGUUGCAACAGCAACAACAACAGCAGCAGCAACAGCAAUUGCCGCCGAAUCAAAUGAUGCUACAGCAACAACAGCAAUCACCACAGCAGCAGCAGCAACAGGCGCCGCCUCAAAUGCAACAGCAGCUGAUCACGCAACAACAACGAUUGCAAAUGCAACAGCAGCAACAACAGGCACCUCAACAGCAGCAACAAAUUGUGAUAAACCAACAAGUCAUCAGCGAUCCACAGCGCCUGCAAUACUUGCAGCAACAGCAAUUGUUGCAACAAAAGCAACAACAGCAGCAGCAACAACAACAGCAACUUGUUGGACCACCACAGCAGCAACAAAUACUCAUACAACAACAGCAGGCCGUGCCACAGCAACAGCAGCAGCAACAACAACCACCGCAACAAAUCAUGCAACAAGUGCUAAUUAAGCAACAACAUCUGCCACAGCGCACGCCCCCACCUCAAUCACCGCAACAGCAGCAGCAACAACUAAUGCUGCAACAACAAUCGCCGCAGCAUCACACACAGCUGCAACAACAACAACCGCAUUGGUCGCCACAGAGUCCAGUGACUAAUCAGUUGCCCCCCACAACGCCCGGCACGCCCACCACAAGCAUGGGCAUGCAGUCGCCAUUGCCGGGUACGCCAACAACACCUCAACAACAGCAACAACAACAGGCACCACAAUUUGCACCACGCGCAUUGCGGCCACAAACACCUUGGCCCGCCCAACAGCAACAGCAACCGCCGCAAUCACAAGCACAACAACAACAGCAGCCGCAGCAACAGCAACUUGUGUUGCCACCGCCACAGCAACAACAACAGCAGCAACAGCGACAACUUAUCCAUCUGGAUGAGAAGACACAUGCUCAUUUUAUGUCGCUGGAUGCACACAAACGCGCCGAGUACAUCACAAAAUUAAAUCAGAGCAAACCACGUGUGAUGCUACGACAACAGGUGACCUAUCAACCGCGUCCCGGUGCGCCAGGCAGUGUCACCAGUGUUGCCACCCGAGCACCUGGUCCGGUGACUGUGCCCGGUCCAGGCACCUCACACAUCAUUGUGCAGAGUCAAAUGCCCGCUGGACUCACGCAGCAGGAGCAGAUGGUCUGGCUACAACAGCAGGGGACCCGACAAGUGGUUGUUCGUGCCGGUGGUGCGCCUGGUCUCAGUCCGAUUACCCAACAACAGCAGCAACAACAGCAGCCUGGCGCUUCACCACAACAACUGCCACAGCAACAACAACAGCAGCAACAACAACCGUUUAAUCCCAAUGAUCCAAAUCAGCAAAUGUUGUUGCAACGCCAACAACUGCGCGUGCAACAAAUUCCCAUACAACAAACGGUGCCGUCGCAAUUGGGAAAACAGACAGUCCAACUGAUAACUGGGCCAAAUGGUCAGCUAAUCGAGCAGCAGACAAUUGUGCAGCAACCUCAACAACAGCAGCAGCAACAGCCGCCCACACCAGGCACGCCCACCACGCCAGGCACUGCUGUUGUUGUUGGCGGACCAAACGGUAGCAACAUUAUGACACAAACAUUGGUCAUGUCUGCAGUGGCUCCUGAUGGACAACAACAGCAACAAACGCCGCAGCAAAUGAACCUGAAAACGAAAACAGCUUUGGCCAAUAUGCUAAGCAACCGUUUGGGCAACAACGGAGCACAGGCAACGCCGCAGCAGCAGCAGCAACUGAUUGCUAUGGGCGAUGCACAGCAGCAGCAGCAGCAACAACAACAGCAGCAAAUUGUACAACAGGUGGUUGUAACGGGUGCCACACCGCAACAGCAACAACAAUUGUUGCUGCAGCAACAGCAGCAGCAACAACAACAAUUGGUUGCCGCACAGCAGCAGCAGCAAUUGCCAACAGCACCGCAGCAACAUGUGGAGCCGCCAUCUGCAGCUGGCGCCUUACGCAUGAUGGGACAACAGCAUAAUGCAGCUGUGGGCGUGGCAGGACCGCCUCGCACACAACAAGAGCUCAUAUUGCUGCAACAACAGCAGCAGCAGCAACAACAACAACAACAACAGCAGCAACAACAGCAAAUGUUGCAAUCCCAGCAAAUGCGACGUGUUGUCGGCGUGCCACAACAACAGAUACCACAACAACAUUUGGUGCAACAACAAAUUGUGGUUGCACCACCGCCCAAUGUUCAACAGCAACAGCAAUUGUCGAUGGGCAUGCCUGUCCAGGUGGCUGGUCCACCACACGCCUACAUGCAGACGCGUCCUGGCCAACCUCCCAUACCGAUACCGCCACGCCCACAGUUUUAUGGCCACAAUCCGAACUUAAAGCUGCCAGCGGAUCUUUUCCUCGUUGGCUGCACCUUCUUCAUUGUGGAAUACGAUGAGACGGACAGCGAUGAGUUGCCCAUUUGGCUGGACACGAUACGUCAAUUUGGCGGCGACAUUGAACGUGUCUAUUGUCCGCGUGUGACGCACAUCAUCUGUCGCACUCAGCGACAUGGCAUGGUGAUGCAAGCGUUGCGCGAUGCCAAGCGUUGUGUGACCGCAUAUUGGUUAAGUGACAUCUGCUUGAAGCGUCAGUUGAUGCCACCAUGGCAACCGCUGCACUUGCCGUUCCCCAGUCAGUUUGGCUAUCGUAAGCCAUUGGAACGGUACAUUAUCACCUCGGAGGGCUUCGAGGGUGAGGAAGUGGUGCGAUUGCAACAAAUGGCCGAGGAAUGUGGCGCCAUUUACACCUCAUAUCUUUCCAAGGUGAAUACGGUGAUUAUCUGCAAGCAAUUGGAGGGAAAUAAAUUCAAUGCAGCCAAAGAAUGGGGCAUACACAUGGUGAAUGCUCUCUGGCUCAGCGACAUCUGCAUUGGCAAUCUGAGCGGACUCACCCAAUACGAUAAUCCAAAAUAUCAACAGUACAAUCUGGUGGCGCCCUUCCGCAUUGAGUGCAAUCUCGUGGCACAUUUGUUGACUGCAUGGAAGGCGCCUAUAAAUCUCACACAGGAAGCCCACGAGCGCGUCAAGCGUCAUCUCAGCGAUCCCUAUGCCAAUGAGCAGAAGCUCAAGCGUCAGAAAUUGAGCGUCUAUCAGGAGCAGCUGCCGGAACAAAUAGUCUGCAUUGAGUAUCCGCAGACGACAAAGCCGCCCAAGGUCAUCUUCUCCCAGGUCGCCGAUGCGGAAUCCCUCAAAAAGGCAGUUCUCCUCUUGGGUGGUAUUGUUGUGGAUAGUCCCGUGGAUGCCACGCAUUUGGUGAUGACGCGCGAGAGUCGCACUUGCAAGUUGAUCCAAGCCUGUUGCCAUGUCGACUACGUGCUUAAGUCAAGCUGGCUUGUGGAUAGCGCCAAGGCGGGCAAAUUUGUGCCACCGGAUGAGUAUCGCAUCCAGCACAUACCUGUUGAUGAGAAUCUACAAUUCGAUUUGGACACCGUGCUCUGUGCUCCCACACGAUCCACUUUGUUUGUCGGCAAAUGUUUCUAUGUAACGCCGGAUGUGUUCCCGGCACGGGAGGAAAUCAUACGCAUGAUUGAAUCAUCUGGUGGUAAAGUGGAGCUGAAACGACGCAGCGGUGCAGCCGUUGCUGAGGCACAUGUUCAAGCGCCCGACUCGUAUAUCAUUGUCACAUGUCCGACGGACAUGCAUCUGUGUGCGGAUCUCACCCGACAUGGCAAUCCCAAGUGUCAUAUCGUGUCCACGGAGUUUGUGAUGAGCUCCAUACUGCGACAGCAGCUGGAAAUCGAACCCAAUUUGAUACCAUAUUUGUACAACAAUAACAUUUCCAAUAGCAGCAAUAACAACAACACCAAUAGCAACAACAACAUUAACAAAUCCUAGCGACAAGCCUUCUCCAUGUUCUUAAGCUUGAAUCUGUACAAAGAAUUUAUUAAAUUGUUAUAAAGGAUGCACAUCUGCACCCUCUACGCUGUGAAUGCAAAUCUAGUCCACAGUCACCAAAUGGACAUAAGAUCAUCUUGAACGUUAUCAAUACUAUUGAUAAUAUUGAGGAAAUAGCAUAGAAUCAGUUACAAAUCAAUGAUGUUAAUUGAAACGCUGAUCAAUCACAUACAUAUUACAACUAUUUUAUAAGCACACUUUAUAAGUAUACAUAUAAAUUAUAUAUAUAUAUAUUUUUGUAAGCCCAUUAUCACUUAGGUAUAAAACUAUAUAUAGUAUAUAUAGAUAUAUAUUGUAUUAGAGUAUACGAAACGUUUCACAGAAAUUUCCACUUCAUUAUGCUGGCUAUUAGAAAUUUAAGCAUUUCUCAUCUAUCGGAUUUAGUCAAUUGUUCAGGUCUCACCCCGUUCCCUAUUCCGAAACCCUUCUCCUAUCCAUAUUUCUCCCAAAAUGAAUGUGUUAGAUAGCAUUUUGUCAUAAUUAUAGCAAUAAAUAUUAUGUUAUUAAUACUA